CGACGCAGCGCCACUGUGAUUCUUACUCCAUCGAAGGCAUAAUUUUGCGACCUUAGCGCACAUGAAUAAUUAUUGGUGUCCACGUCCAAGUCAGUGGUGUGGGCGUAUGUCAAGGUGUUACAUAUAGCAGCUAAGUCCAUUUUCAUUCUUCGACGAAACGUCGAAAAUGGCCUCUACAGCAAGCCAAUUGGAACAAAGUUCCAAAAGACCUCAGAUAUCUGCUUCACAAGAACAGUCUACCGUGCUGCAAUGGGUGCCCUGUAAAUACAGCUCAGACGUAUCACAAUACGUUCUCGUAAGGCCUCCCCAGGCUCCAUGUGGCAAUCGUCAGCUGUUUGGUUUUCCUAUUGUCAAGAAGGAACUUUGGGACCUGGGUACCAUUUCUUUCCGACAUAUUAUGCCAGGCAAAACCUUACCAGACGACCACACAUUCCUCGUCAUGAAUUCCCUUACCUUCCUUAAAUUUUCUCUCCGCCUUGCCAUUUGCACUAUGGCACGUGGCAAGGUGGUUGGAGACUCGGACAAUAUCCCACCAGAGUGUAUGAAGUCGCCGGGAAAGGCCAAGUGCGUUCCCUGGAGAAGAAGCUUGGACGCUCACCAGGAUGGUGGGUGGAAGUCCCACAAUUUUGAUCAAUAUCCGUCAUCGUCCCAACACUUACCCCCCACUAGUACCAAUUUCAUUCAUUUACUGGGGUAAAACUAAAUUAAUCUUCCACUUUAUCUGUGAUGCCUACAUGAGACAAAGAAUGAUGGAUUAAUGUUGUAGACGAACUAUUAAGGAUUCCUCGGGUUCCUUUGACAAAAUGCAAGUUGGGCCCCUGGGUUGUCCGUAACGGUACAACUGUGAUCCUCUAUCCAAACUAAGACUGUGCCACCUUAGCCCGCCACCGGGUAAACUGA